AUGGACCCCGCAAUCAAAUCAGAGUUGGAGAGAUAUGGCGACGAUAUUCCAUUUCGAGCAAUAACAAAUCAUACACAAUCAACAUGGGCACGAACAUUCCAUUCAUCCCCCGAAUUAUUCAUUCAACCACAAUCCAUUCAAGAAAUCGAAAAGGUGGUAAAUCUUGCCCGAAGAUGUAGACGAAGAAUUACAACUGUAGGAUGUGGGCAUUCUCCUUCAACAAUAACUUGCACAUCGAGCUGGCUCGUUAAUCUGGAUAACUUCAAUCAAAUCCUAUCUGCGGAUAGGAAAACAUGUGUGGUGGUUAUGCAAAGUGGUAUACGAUUAUAUUCCCUGGGUGAACAACUCGAUGCGCUGGGAUUGGCAAUGCCAAAUUUGGGCAGUAUCAAUGAUCAAUCCAUUGCGGGUGCGAUAUCGACUGGUACUCAUGGAAGUACAUUACGACAUGGAAUCUUGUCAAGUUCUAUUUUAUCAUUGAAGAUUACUCUUUCCAAUGGUAAGACGGAGACUUGUUCACCAGAUGAGAAUGAAGAUCUGUUUCGCGCAUCUCUCAUCUCACUUGGAGCAAUCGGUAUCAUUACAGAAAUUACUUUCCAAGCCGUACCAGCUUUUACCCUCUCGUGGGAACAAACUGUUGAUACUGAUCUUCACAUGAUGAAUGAUUGGAAUAAGACACUUUGGACAGAUACAGAAUUCGUUCGCGUCUGGUGGUUCCCUUACACAAGACGAGCAGUUAUAUGGAAGGCGGAAGCGACAAAUUUGGCCCCGGUACCUCCUCCGAAGUCUUACUACGAUGCUUGGUUAGGAUAUCACGUCUAUCAUAAUCUUCUUGCUCUUGGACACUAUGUCCCAAGUAUUCUUCCAUGGGUAGAAUGGUUUGUUUUCGGUAUGCAAUAUGGUUUCGCAAAUGGUUCAAAAAGCCGGGCCAUCCAACCAUCUCGUCAAGCACUUCUCAUGAACUGUCUUUAUUCUCAAUUCGUCAACGAGUGGGCAAUUCCAAUUUCCAAAGGUCCAGAAGCUUUAAAGAGGUUAAGUUCCUGGCUCAACCAUCUUACCCCCGACGAUCCAGAUUAUAUCGCACAUGGCAUCCCUUUCUCAGCCGAGGGUUUAUAUGUACAUGCACCAGUUGAAGUCCGCGUCACCGAAACAAGCAAUAGUCUUACUCCCCGUCCACAUCUCGAUCCAACCUGCACAGAGGAAGCAACGCUUUACUUAAACGCUACUCUCUAUCGUCCAUAUGAUAUGGAUCCACCAUGUCGUGCGAGAUAUUACGAAGGGUUUGAAUAUUUGAUGCGAAAAUUAGGUGGUAAACCUCAUUGGGCUAAAAACUUCGAAACAACAGGAGAGGAUAUUGAGGAUAUGUAUGGAGAGAAUUUGGAAGAAUGGAGAAACAUUCGAAAUAAUGUGGAUCCGGAGGGUAUGUUUGUGGGGGAAUGGCAUAGAAGAUUGGUUAUGGGUGGAGGACGUAGAUUGGCGCUUGAGGAAGUGGAGCUUCGGAGGGAGGACUUGAAGAAGGGAGGUGUGAUGGUUGUUGGGGCUGUGGGGGGUAUCAUUAGGUAUGUGUAUGGAGAAGAGAGUGAGAGUGAGAGUGGGGAGAGUUUUGAUAUGUUAAGGGCUAGUGAGAUGAAAUGA